AUGACUGAGUUCUUGCAAUCUUGUUUUAAAGAAUCAACUCAAGAAAAAAUACCAGAGAAAAUUCACGACCUAUUUGUCGAAAUCUCAAUGAACGAAGACUUAGAGAACUUCAAUCCAGAACCCCCUGACAAUAAAACUAAAUCAUCAACCGACCUGGAAUCAUCUUUUGACAAUACCGCCGCUGUUCAUAAUGCUUCUACAUCUGCCACUACUGUUGCUGAUGAAACUACCACUACUGCUGUUGUUCCUGAUGUUAUUUUUGCUGAAACUACCAGUACUGGUGUUGUUCCUGAUGUUGUUUUUGCUGAAACUACCAGUGCAGGUGUUGUUCCUGAUGUUGUUGCUGCUACUCCUGUUGUUAUUCCUGCUGCUGCUGCUCCCACGACUGCAACCACUACUAUUCCUCCUAUUGCUGCUACUACUGCCACCAAAACAAUUUUUCUUUCAUCUGAUACAAUUUUAUUUUCAACGGACGAUGAGGACCCACAAGAAGACGAAGAAGAAUUCAACUUUCAAGCCAUACACAAUACCACAACUUCAUUUAUGUCUAAACUUUUUAACACCUGGAACGAAACCAAAAUUCGUUCCAAGGCGUUUAGAAUCAAGAGUGCCAAACAAAUCAAGAAAUUUUUUGAAUUGUCCACUGAGGAAAACUGUGAACGAUUGGGAUUUGGAGAUUACCUUGAUGACGUUCCUACACAACCAACUACAAAACCUGUUGCUCUGUUAACACAAAAUGACAAAACAUCUCCUACACAACCAUUUACAAAACCUGUUGCUCCCCUAUUCACACAAAAUGACAAAACAUAUUCUACACAACCAACCAUAAAACCUGUUGCUCCCAUAUUCACACAAAAUGAAACAAAAUAUUCUCCUUUGAAUACCCUUAGUGUACCUACAGAUAGUCUAUCCAGAGCUCUUCUAAAUUCUUUGAGAUGUGACCACAUCAUGAAUGGAACUGAGCUUAGUCCAUUGGUCCAAUACAUAUCUUGCGGCUUUCAUUUUCCAUGUGAUGCUCUGUUCCCUAUAGGCAAGCACACUGCCAAUUUUGCACCUGUUACACCCGAACGCCCCACCACUCCCAGUAUUUUGGACCAAGCAGAAGAUUAUGAUGACAUGGAAUCCAUCCUGGAUUACAAACCUACUGCCAAUUUUGUUCCUUUUAAUUCCCAUCGCCAUAUUUUUAAUUAUGAAGAUAUGGACUCCAUCUUGAGUUGUAAACCCACUCCAAAUUUUGUACCUUCUACCUUCCCCCGCCAAAAUUUCAACCAAGAAGAAUAUAAUCAUGACUUCCAAGCCAUCAUGGAUUUUUAUUCCCAAAACUUAGAAGAUUCUAGAAAUCUAUACAAUGAGGAUUGGGAAGUAUAG